UUAGUACCAAUGAUAAGCAACGCAUACUGCCAUCCGUUAGUAUUCAGGUGUUUGACGAAAGGAUUGAUAUUAUAGAAAAACGUGAAAGACGCCGAAAUCGAAAAACUGCUAGCAUUUUUGCGAAGUUUUGGCUUUUGAUGUGGAAAAACUUUUUACUUCAAUACCGUCACAAAAUACAAACGAUCAUUCAAAUCCUCAUUCCGAUGUUGUUCACUAUGAAUCUAUUAUUUAUUCGACUUUUGAUAGAUCCGGAAAUUUAUUCGAACAAUACGAAAUUCGAAUCAUUUGGUAUCAACAAGACGUUCAAUCAGUCUGAAAUGCAUGAAAAUGUCCAGUGUAAUACACCUGAAUACAAAUUAGUUUAUUCGCCUGAAAAUGAAGUUUUUGGACAUUUACUCCAAGAAGUGGCGAAAGAUCUUACUAAACAAUCCAAUCUCACUUGGGGCGUCUCAGGCGUGAAUGAUUCAUCAGAAGUUGAAGCAAAGAUGAAAGAACGUAACUUUUUGACUGCAGUUGUGUUUCCAGAUGAUCUGAAGAAUACAACCAAACUGCCAGAAAAUCUUGUCUACACUUUGCGUUUCCCAGGUGAACUCAGAACGAACUAUACAAAUGAUUCAAUCGUUUUUAAUUGGGAGACAAGUAUGCAAUACCCACAAUAUUCCGGCGGUGGACCACGUGCAAAUCUCACGGAUCAAGGCGGAGCUCCGAAUUACUUUUUUGAAGGUUUUUUGGCCAUACAACAAUUAAUCGCAUUGAAUUUUGCAAAAAAUUUAAGUAACGGAAGUGAUGAAUUUGAAAGAUUUAAAAUUAAAAUGCAACGAUUUCCGUACCCGCCAUACACGAAAGAUGACCUGCUCGAUGGAUUGGACAGAGCCAUUGGAUUGUUUAUUAUGUUAAGUUUUGUCUAUCCGAUAAUAUGUACGGUUCGCUUUAUUGCGGUGGAAAAGGAGAAACAAUUGAAGGAAAUUAUGAAAAUUAUGGGCAUGCCGGUUUGGUUACAUUGGACCAGUUGGUUUGUGCGAACAAUGUUCUUUUUGUCCAUUUCCAACAUUUUGGUGAUCGGUGUACUAAAGAUGCCAAUGUUUGAAAUUGCGGACCAAUCAAUCGCCAUUUUUACACACUCGGAUUGGAAGUCGAUGUGGGGUUUUCUGCUUGUAUAUGGUGCUUCAAUGACAACAUACUGUUUCAUGUUAAGUGUUCUAUUCUCAAAAGCAAAUACUGCCGCCGCUGUAUCUGGACUCAUAUGGUUCGUUUCUUACAUGCCAUAUGUUUUUCUCACAAUCAACAACACCAUCAAAGUACCCGAAUUUGUGCAAUGGCUGGCGUGCAUUUCGCCAAAUGUUGCAAUGUCAUAUGGAUUCAAAACAAUUGCAGAGUACGAACGAAAUGUUGGUGGUUGGCAUUGGGGGAAACCAAUUAAAAUACCUGAAAUAACUGAUAGCAAUAUCGAAGUUGAAACAACCAUGUGGUUCAUGACAAUAACAGCCUUCGUAUUUCUUCUGAUUGCAUUCUACAUAGAAAAAGUAUUUCCCGGUGAAUAUGGUGUGCCACACAAAUGGAAUUUCUUUUGCAAAAGUGAUUUUUGGCUCGGCGAUGAUGGAUACACUAGUAGAGAUGUCUCAAAUAUCCAAGAGACAAACGAGAAUUUUGAAGACGAACCAUUGAAUUGUGAGGCCGGUGUUCGA